AUGACAGGCCUGAGCCUGAAGCUGGAGGGGGGCCGGGAACUGAACCACGAUGGUUCAAACGUAACCGCCGCCUUUGAAGCACAGCGCCACGCCGAGCCGCACGGACCUUUGGUGAACUCUGAGUUUUACACCGGUUGGCUGGACCACUGGGGGUCCCGUCACGCCGUCGUGCCCUCUGUUUUAGUGGCCAAGUCGCUCAACACGAUCCUGUCCCUGGGAGCAAACAUCAACCUGUACAUGUUCAUCGGCGGGACAAACUUUGGAUACUGGAACGGUGCCAACUCGCCGUACGCCGCUCAGCCCACGAGCUACGACUACGACGCUCCGCUGACGGAGGCGGGAGACGUCACGGAGAAAUACUUCGCCAUCCGAGACGUCAUCAGGAUGUACAGUGAAGUACCGGAGGGCCCGGUUCCGCCGUCAACCCCGAAGUUUGCGUACGGAGCCGUGAAGAUGCAGAAGCUGCAGAGCGUGUUGGACGCCGUGGACUCCCUGUCCUUUUCCGGUCCCGUUAAAAGCUUGUUUCCUCUGACCUUCGUGGAGCUAAACCAGGCGUUUGGCUUCGUGCUCUACAGGACGACGCUGCCCGUCACGUGCAGCAAGCCCACCCCUCUGUCCUCGCCGCUGAACGGCGUCCACGACAGAGCCUACGUGUCCGUGGACAAGUCGGCUGUGGGGAUCCUGGAGCGGGACAGGGCCCUGACGGUCAACGUGACGGGACCUGCUGGCAGCCAGCUGGACGUUCUGGUGGAGAACACGGGCCGGAUCAACUACGGCAAAAACGUCAACGACUUCAAGGGUUUGGUGUCCAACCUGACUCUGGGGGGCGUCCCCCUGUCCGGAUGGACGAUGUUCAGUCUCAGCAUCGAUGACGCCGUCCGUCAGGGCCUGCUGGGACACCAAGCACAGGCAGCCCCCCCUCCGCCGGCUGCUCCGUCUCCUCCAACCUUCUACAGGGGCAGCUUCGUGAUCCCUGACGGCAUCCCUGACCUCCCUCAGGACUCCUACAUCCAGCUGUCCAGCUGGACCAAGGGGCAGAUCUGGAUUAACGGCUUUAAUUUGGGCCGGUACUGGCCCGCUCGAGGCCCUCAGGUGACCCUUUUUGUCCCCGCCACCAUACUCAGCACCACCACGCCCAACAACGUGACCAUCCUGGAGCUGGAAGGGGCCCCGUGUGGCCCCCAGCCGUGCGUCGUGGAAUUCACGGACACCCCGGUUCUGAACGCCACGGUCCACUCCAAGUCCAAACGCCACCGACGGCUGUUUGUUAAAGAGGAUUUACUGUGAUAAGAAGAGAGACGCUCUGCUGCUCUAAACCAACCCCCAUUUGCACUUUACUCUUUAAUCAGCACUUGCUCUCUAAACUGUUGGGUAAUAAAGAAUUAAUUUAGGGAAUAUCCCAGUUUACCUUCAGUUCCACUGAAACUUGUUUGUUCUACCUCACUGGUUCUGUGUGACAUGUUUUCUUCUCGUCUCUUAAAGAGAUCGCUGUCAGUAAAAGUUUUUAUAUCGCAUUGUGUUUUAUUGAACUCCAUCCAAAUUUUAAAUUUACUCGCUUCUUCCUUUUCAGGUCGCGGGGCGUCACUGGUGCCCAUGAUUAUUGAACUCUUAUCAGGGAAAUCCUAUAACUGGAGAAGUGUUGAGCCUGGAGCUUUUGGUGAUUCAGAAAAGUUUGCAAGCUCUGAAUCUGCUUUAUGUCUGUCACAUGUGCCUUUUAAUACACAAUAAAAGUAUUUU